AUGGCUUUCGGCGCGUGGCGUCAUUACCCUGCCACAGGCGCCGUGGCGCAUUCGCAGCAGCUCGAGAAUGUCGCGUCCUACUGCCCGAUCGCAUGCGGAAAUCGCACGCUCACCAAGAAGCUAGAUGGCGUGAAGAACAUGAUCACCUGUUUCGACUUCACCUCACGUGCUCCGAACCUCGAACCAUCCGCCGAACUCGAGGUCUCCGCCGACGACUCAGUAACAUGUCUUGCCAAUCUUGCGACCAAAGACGGCCUCAUAGUAUUCGCGGGAAACGGAAGUUCAGUGGACGACCGAGUAAAGGGUCAGGACACACAUUUCAAGGCAUUUGAGCUACAGGUACCGAAGGGCAAACCAGCGAGCAUCAAUUUCUUGAGCAAGACACAGCUCUUCUCGGUGCCGAAGAACGAGAAUGCGAGGAAAGAAAUGUAUCAGCGCAUUCUGAAAUUGUCUCCUCCACCACGGACGGCCGCCAGCACACCAACUAAGCGCAUUGGCACCAUCGCUUCAGGCCUCGGAGGCGACGAGAACGAAAUCGUCAUAUUCAGCGCAACAUCGAAUAGGCCACAGGCGCAAGACAUAAUAAAGCGGAUAAAGCUGUCAGCAGGACAGGAGGCAAACGAUCUGGACAUUUGGGAUCAAGGGGAAGGACGCUUCCAGAUCGCAUACUGCCUGGACAGCGACGUGUAUAUACAAGACGUCGACUACGACUUCAGCAAGUCGAAGAAUAGGACAGAGAGCGAGCGAAGGAAAGUGUACACCAUCCCACACCCGGAUGCGGGCGCAAGAAAAGGCCGAUCCAAGGUCCGAAGCUUACGAUGGCUUUCACCGAAGCACCUCGUGCUCCUCGCAAACAAGCCAAACCGGACCGGCGUAGAACUGCUGGUAUUACACAUGUACGAAGAGGGCCCCGGCAGCAUCGUAUCGCGGAAGACACUACCAGCACACGUAAAAGCGGCUGUAGAUUUCGAUGUGGCAUUGCUAGACGCAGACGCGAACGGGGCUUACCAGAUCGUCGUUGGUGUUGGUGGCAUAGACGUUUCCCUCAGCGUGUACACGAUCGACUACCAUGGCUCUGCACAGGAUUCAUUAAGCCACCUCUACAAAUACGCUACUUAUGAUGAAAUCUCCGCAGGCAGUAACAAAGCACGACACGUCAUACAAACUGCUCGGACACGACAAUUGUACGCCGGCGCAACCUACCUAGUCAUUGCCAUGGUCGUCGCGGCAGUAGCACUCAUGAUACAAUCUCUCAUCGAUCCCGAAGGCUCUCUCACCCGUGGCAUGAUUCCCGCAAAAUUCCAGAACACAGCCGGAAACACGUUCGGUGAAGUCCAUCGCGCAAAACGCCACGCAGCCGUCCUCAACAACGCGGACACACCUGCGAUCAGAGCUGAGCGACGAAUUCGCGAUCUUCUGCACUUGCACAACCCUCCAAUGGGCUCUGACGCACCACAGAAGGAGAAGGCGGUCGUGAUCCACCACGACGCUGAUGCAGAGGAGUUGAGCACAGAGGUCCAUGAAGGUGGGCACGAAGCAGUGCUUAAGAAGCACGCGCAGGCGAAGAAAUGGGACGAUCUUAGUAAGGAAGACCAGCUGCUGUGGAAGAAGAAGCUCAGUGACGCGGGAAUGUGGGCCGUUGAAGAGGGCGAGACUAUUUUGAAGAGUAUCUUCUUUGGGCAGAUCGGGGGAGUCAUUGGUGGAAUUGCGCAGGGUGUUAUUGGGGGGUAG